CAGGCCACCUCCCUCCGUUCCAUCAAGGCCCUCGUGCCGCUGCUCGACCGCGUGCUCGUCCAGCGCAUCAAGGCCGAAACCAAGACCGCCAGCGGCAUCUUCCUGCCCGAGGCGAGUGUCAAGGAGCUCAAUGAGGCCAAGGUAUUGGCUGUUGGACCCGGUGCUCUGGACCGUGACGGCAAGCGCGUGCCCAUGGGCGUUGCUGCGGGUGAUAAGGUGUUGAUUCCUCAGUACGGUGGCUCGCCCGUCAAGGUUGGUGAGGAGGAGUUCCAGCUCUUCCGGGACAGCGAGUAA